UAUAAAGGUGCGGUCGCUGGGAUCACUGCUCACUUACCAUAUAUUCCUCGUCGAGUUAAGAACUAAAUAAACUUCUACAUCAUGUCUGGCCGUGGCAAAGGUGGCAAAGUUAAGGGAAAGUCCAAGACUCGUUCAACCAGAGCUGGUCUGCAGUUCCCAGUUGGACGUAUCCAUCGUCUUCUCCGCAAAGGAAAUUAUGCCGAACGUGUUGGUGCCGGAGCACCAGUUUACUUGGCUGCAGUAAUGGAAUACUUAGCAGCUGAGGUUCUCGAGUUGGCAGGCAACGCCGCUCGUGAUAACAAGAAGACUAGGAUCAUCCCUAGACAUCUCCAAUUGGCCAUUCGUAACGACGAGGAGUUGAACAAGCUUCUGUCAGGAGUUACCAUCGCUCAGGGUGGUGUACUGCCCAACAUCCAGGCUGUUCUUUUACCCAAAAAGACCGAAAAGAGCAGCUCAUAAAUCAAGCUUCUUUUGGUUAAACAAAAUCGGCCCUUUUCAGGGCCAUCAAAAAAUUUUACGAAGGCACUUUAUUCGCUAUCUAUAUUUUAUGAAAAAAUCUAAAUAAGUAAAAUUUCCGUAUGUACAUGCGAAUCAUACAACAAACAAUCGUAAUGCAUGAAUACAAAUGACUAAGCCAGCCGUUUGCAAAAAUCGCAAUAGAAAGUAUAAAUCUUCAACUGGAAUGAAUAUUAAUUAUAAAAAAAUCAUUGAUCAAAUAGACGUUUCAUGGUUACUCUACAUGUAUUGUAUCUCUCUUAAUUAUUCUAAUUUGUUUAUUUUGCUUAAAGUUCUUAUACUAACAUCCACUUGUUACCAAGUCAACUGACUCAGUUACCAAAACGCUACUCGUGGUGCGAAAAAAUCUAUAAAUCAUAUUGAAUUUGAAAGACGAUUUUAAUCUAUAAUUAAUAACAAACAAUAAUUCAAACAAGAGACAAGACCGAUAUAAGAAAAGUUACAUCGUAUCUACAUGUCAAUGUCCGGGAUGAACGAAAAAAUUCAGAACGUCUGUUUUGCAAAACUUUUACUAAAUUGGCACGAGCGAUAUUACGCCCAAAUAACCGAGAGUUCAAUAUAAAUAACAGUGAGCGUUGAUCUUUAGCAAUAAUUAAUAACAAAUUUCUACAUUAAAAAAAAAAACUAAAUGGCUUACGGUCUCUUACGGAAUCGAUUCAAGAAGGUCAAAAGCUAUGAAAUGGAACCUGUUGCGCCUGUAUUUUUAGAUAUAAAACAUUUAAAAUCGAAUAUCCUGUGUCUAUAUCGACUGUGCAAAAUGUUAUCUUCGAAUUUCAUAUGAUUUGAUAAGGAACUGUUUAUGUAGUUCUAUUAAAUUACAAUGGUGCGUGUACUGAGUCGUAAUACUGUUGAAAAAAACCAUGUGGCCAACAUAUCUAUUCAUUAUAAAUGAUUACAAAACUUACGUUAUCUACAUAACAUAUCUGAUAAUUGUUUCACAAUUCAUUUGCAAGUAAUAAUUACCAUAUCUGAUGAGGAAGAACUUUAGUUUCGUUAUUUUUAACAAUAUAAAUAAUACACAUAUUGUGAUGAUAAUGCUUUCGUUCUAAUAUAUGUUCGGGUGCGCCUUCUAUGUAUAAAUUAAGCAGAGUUUUCUGCUACUAGACAUGAAAUAUUGAUAAAUUGGCUGAGAUAAAAAUUGUUC